UGGUCUGUCAGUCGCGCUGUGUUUGCAGUGGCCAACCAUCAGUUUAGCAUGAGACGGCUAUCUGCCUCUUGAACGAUGCCACAUACGCCUGAAUCCCGGAAUACCCGCUGUUAUCUACCCUUUAACACUACCAAGAAGACCAUCUGUCCUGACAGACGCUUAUAUAGACCGAAAGGAAGGAGCUGAGAACUGAUGAUGAAGACAACUAAACAAAUACUGCCAUCCCAGUGCUCCAGUCACUAACUCCACAGAGACACACAUUUCCAGAUAGAAAGAACAAAGAAUCCAAACAAAGAUGGCCAUUGGAAUCAAUUCUCAGCAAGUGCUCUGCAAUGGCCCCAUUAGCCACUUUUCAACUGUUGGGCCAGUGUGAGCCAGGGCUAUCAACUGCUCAGCCGGGGCCAGUAGCCAUGGACCUCUAGCUGCAAGACCAAAAUCAAUCAGCAUUUCCACCAUCAGGCCAAUACCCCCCGCAGCAUUGCCCUGAAACCCACCUUUAAUAACGCUGCCUUGUUGCCAAUGUCACACACCCCGCCCGUUUCACAAGCGAGAGGGAAACUCAGGCUGAGAUGCUGUCGAUCUGAUGUUGCACAUUUUCAUCAGUCCAAAUAUACAAGAGUCUACUGACCAGUACUGACGAUUCUCCAUUCUCCACUGAUGUUGAGACUGAGGGGGUAGAUGUAUCACCAGGAGCGAGCACAGUAUGAAGAAAGCAGGCAGGCCAGUGGGGAAUAAGGCAGCAAGUGGAGGAGGAAAAGGUGACGCAGUGACAGCCGGAAGCUCUGCUGGCAAAACCUCUGUUAAGAGCCCUACCACAGCUUCACUCUCCAAGGCCAAAAGCAAUGAUGAUCUUCUAGCUGCUAUGGCUGGGAGCAGUGCAGGGACAAACAGCAGUGUUGUCAAGGGCAAGAAAUCUUCCUCUGCUCAUUCAACAUCCUCUGCUGCAAACACUAAUAACCCUGAGAGCAAGGCCAAGACCACCUCAGGCCCAUCUGGCAAACGAAUAUCAUCCACGACCUCCAAGGAGUCAAACUCAUCACGAGAGCGUUUACGGAACUCCAGAAACUCCAGCAGUAAGAAGCAGUCAUCCACUGGUGGUUCUGAUAGAGCCCCAGCCAGGCAUUCUCGUGGACAGGCCCAAACAUCAGACUCGGAGAGCCGUAUGAGCAAAUCAAAAUCUGAUGGACAGCUAAGUGAUAAAGUGGCCCUGGAGGCCAAAGUGAAAGAUCUGUUAGGUCUGGCCAAGAGCAAAGACAUGGAAAUCCUGCAGCUACGGGGUGAGCUGAGGGACAUGAGAGUUCAGCUGGGACUGCCUGAGGAAGAAGAGGAAGAGGAGAGGCCACCAGAGCGGGAGGUGGCAGCAGUGAUCUCUGCUGCAGAUGUGGAGUCAACAUUGCUCCUUCUGCAGGAGCAGAACCAGUCCAUCCGUGGAGAGCUCAACCUGCUUAAGAAUGAAAACCGCAUGCUAAAGGACCGCCUCAAUGCCCUGGGCUUCUCCCUGGAGCAGAGAAUGGAUGGGGCUGAGAAAACCUUUAGCUAUCCCCCCACCAGUCCCGACCCUUCCUCCUCUGUGAGCGUUGGAGGUCAUGGCGACUGUGCCACUGUGGCCUCCUCUGCAGAGGGAUCAGCACCAGGCUCCAUGGAAGACCUCCUGACAGGUGGCCAGCGAAGUGGCUCAACAGACAACCUGGACAGCGAGUCCAGUGAAGUCUACCAGGCCGUCACCUCCAGCGAUGAUGCUUUGGAUGCUCCCUCAGGCUGUGGUUCCUUGUCCUCUUCCGAGUCUGAAGGUGGAGCUCCGGCAUGUCGCAGUUCUUCUCGUAAGGGGAGCAGUGGCAACACCAGCGAGGUCUCGGUAGCCUGCCUGACAGAGCGCAUACACCAGAUGGAGGAGAACCAACACAGCACAUCCGAGGAGCUGCAGGCCACUCUACAGGAACUGGCAGACCUGCAGCAGAUAACGCAGGAGCUAAAUGGUGAGAAUGAACGGCUAGGAGAAGAGAAGGUGCUGCUUAUGGACUCUCUUUGCCAACAGAGUGACAAACUGGAGCACUGUGGCCGUCAGAUCGAGUACUUCCGGUCACUUUUGGAUGAGCGUGGCGUGGGGUAUUCGGUGGACGAAGACAUCAAGAGCGGCCGAUACUUGGAGCUAGAGCAGCGUUAUGUUGAGCUUGCAGAAAAUGCUCGAUUUGAGCGUGAGCAGCUCUUGGGUGUACAGCAACAUCUGAGCAAUACUCUGAAGAUGGCUGAACAAGACAAUGCUGAAGCUCAGAGUGUGAUCGCAGCUCUAAAGGAGCGCAACCAUCACAUGGAGCGGCUGUUAGAUGUAGAAAGGCAAGAGCGAGCCGGCAUGGCAGCGGCGCUGGAGGAGUGUAAAUCUGCGGUGAGCAACGAUCAGGCUGAGCUGAGCCGCUGUCGUGCCUUACUGGAGCAGGAGAGGCAAAAAGUAGCAGAGCUCUACUCCAUUCACAAUGCUGGAGAUAAGAGCGACAUCCACCAGCUCCUUGAAGGCGUUAGGCUAGACAAGGAGGAAGCUGAGGCCAAGGCUGCCAAACUUCAGGAUGAUCUUGGGCACGCUCGCACAGAGGUGGCAUGUCUGCAAGACACCCUCAAUAAGCUGGAUGCAGAGUACAGGGACUUCCAGAGUGAGGUGCAGAAGGAGUUAGCCGAGCAGAAGAGGGCUCUAGAGAAGCAGCGUGAGGACAUGCAGGAGAAAGAGACUGAGAUCGGAGACAUGAAGGAGACCAUCUUUGAACUGGAGGAUGAAGUGGAGCAGCACAGAGCCGUCAAACUUCACGACAACCUCAUCAUCAGCGACCUAGAGAAUUCCAUGAAAAAGCUUCAGGAUCAGAAGCAUGACAUGGAGCGAGAGAUAAAGAUCCUUCACCGCAGACUCCGGGAAGAGUCGGCAGAGUGGCGUCAGUUUCAGGCGGAUCUGCAGACUGCUGUGGUCAUUGCUAAUGACAUCAAGUCAGAAGCUCAGGAAGAGAUUGGUGAUCUACGGCGCCGCCUCCAAGAAGCCCAGGAGAAGAACGAAAAGCUGGGCAAAGAACUAGAUGAAGUUAAAAAUCGCAAGCAGGAUGAGGAGCGUGGCCGUGUGUAUAACUACAUGAACGCGGUGGAGAGGGACCUUGCUGCUCUCAGGCAGGGAAUGGGACUGAGUCGACGCCCCUCUACAUCCUCAGAGCCGUCGCCCACCGUCAAAACCCUCAUCAAAAGCUUUGACAGUGCCUCACAGGGUCCUGGAGCUAAUGCUACUGCAAUCACCACAGCAGCUGCUGCGGUGAGCGCAGCUCCAACGGCCACCUUACCCCGGACACCUCUCAGCCCCAGCCCAAUGAAGACUCCACCUGCUGCCGCAGUCUCACCAAUACAGAGACACUCAAUCACUGGCUCUAUGACCGCCACCAAGACCCUCUCCUCACUUACAGACAAAAGAACCAGCUACACGGAUAUCAGCAUGCCAGCAGAGCAUCUACUCCGAGCGGCCAAUGGCAGUCGUCCUGCUUCUGCUCUACAAAGAGUCUCUAACAUGGACACAUCAAAGGCCAUCACAGUCCCGCGGAGAAGCAGUGAGGAGGCGAAGAGGGAUAUCAGUGCUCCUGAUGGAGGUCCAGCUUCCUCUCUGAUAACUAUGGGCUCUUCUGCGCCUCCUCUUUCGCUGUCCUCUUCCUCCUCCCCCACGGCCUCCAUCAACCCCACUGCACGCAGCCGCCUACGAGAGGAGCGAAAAGACCCUUUGUCAGCUUUGGCUCGUGAAUAUGGCGGUUCUAAGAGAAAUGCACUGCUGAGGUGGUGUCAGAAGAAAACUGAGGGUUAUCAGAACAUUGACAUAACCAACUUCAGCAGUAGCUGGAAUGAUGGGCUAGCUUUCUGUGCUGUCCUGCACACAUACCUGCCUGCUCAUAUUCCCUAUCAGGAGCUUAACAGUCAGGACAAGAGACGAAAUUUUACGCUGGCAUUUCAAGCAGCAGAAAGCGUGGGCAUUAAAUCCACUCUGGACAUCAAUGAAAUGGUCCAUACAGAAAGACCAGACUGGCAGAGUGUAAUGACUUAUGUCACAGCUAUCUACAAGUAUUUCGAAACCUGAGCACAUGUAUCUAAAUUAAGUGUCACGCCUCGGCACAACAAAUUACCACUAACUUACCCGAGUCAAUAUGUCAAUAUGACGUAGGAUACAUUGACAUACAAUAUCAUGGAAAUCCUCUACAGUGGGACUGCAGCAUCAGUAGUAUGCCUUGACAAUACCAUAGUGUGCUGGGAGACGAACACAACAGACUAUCUAGUCACUGUUUCCUGGUGUGGAGCAUCCGAAUUGUACUUCUGAGUAGAGCCUGUGGAUUUGAAAUCAGUUCAGUCUUAAAGAAGGGUAACAACCUGCUUGCAACCCGUGCCUUUUGCCAUCCUGAGUACUUGCUUCCAGUGCGGUGACAUGUUUGGAUCAAGUUAUUCACCUUAAUUCACAUCAGCAAAAAUAGAACUUGUUUGAAAAGAGCAAGUUGUGUGGAUUGCUCAAUGCAGUGCCUAAUUAAAAAAACUUUGUUGGAGUAGCAGAAUUGUACACUAAUAUGAAAUGUUCAUUCACUAUAGCACACAGUCCGUAGUCUACCUUUAUAGAGGAUUGUUUGAAAAGCUUAUUGGGGGCACCUUUAUGUAUGACUGUGAUGGAUCUUGGCUUGAAAUACUACAUAUUAAAUAGGGAUGUCAGCAAUAAGCUUAUGUAACUUGAGCCAAUUCAUAUGGUAUUAGUGCUGCUCACCAUUAAAAGGUAAGAUACUGUAGUUAACACUAUAUUCAGCUAUGCAGUUCAUGUGCAUGUACCGUCCAGUUUAUGCACAGAAUUUAGCACUAUAAACCAAUGCCUGAAAUAGUAUACCAAAAAUUAAAGCUUACAAGAUCCCUUUUUGUUUGUGACUCAGUUAAGCUACACUUCCUUCUGUACUUAAACUAAUCAAAUUGUUUGUUCUUACUCAGGAUAAGAAAAAUGUAUCAAUAUUUAUCAAGAUGAGUAAUUGUGAUUCAUAGGAUGCCAUGUGCAGUGAUAUGGAUUCUUCAGAGCUCUACCAAGUCCCUUCACAGUUUUAUCUUUUGCAAAGCACAAAAUUCUUCUUUGAGUGACACAUUCAAAUGCACUAAUUUAAGCUUUUAAUGAAACUACAUUCCAGCACAUUAGUAUGUAUGAACUGAAAUUAUAUAUGGAGAUUGGUUCUUGCUUCUUAUGUCCUACAGUCCAGCUGUGCUGAAUUCAUGCAUCACUCUCUUUUCAUUAUGAAAGCUUUUAAAGACAUUUCCCACCUGCAUUUUUAAGAGCACACUGUACUCCAACCACCUGUCUGCAAAUAACAUUACAAUGUAUUCAAAAUUCAUUCUGAAUGGAUACAACAAGAAAAAAGAAAAAAUAUAUAAACUUGUUGAAUAAUCAUAAAUUUAGAAUUUGUCUUUUAAAUGUGCUGGAUAUGUGUCCCUUCCCUUAAAGAGAGAGUUCACCCAAAAAUGAAAAUUCUCUCAUCAUUACUCACCCUCAUGCCAUUCCAGAUGUGUAUUACUUUCUUUCUUUUCUAGAACACAAAUGAAGAUUUUUAGAAGAAUAUUUCCACUCUGUAUGUCCAUACAAUGCAAGUGAAUGGUGGCCAGAAUUUUGAAGUUCCAAAAAGCAAAUAAAGUCAGCAUAAAAGUAAUCCAUACGACUCCAGUGGUUUAAUCCAGGUCUUAAGAAGCGAUAUGAUAGAUGUGGAUGAGAAACAGAUCAGUAUUUGUCCUUUUUUUUUUUUUUUUUUUUAACUAAGAUUUUCUUCUAAAAAUCUUUGUUUUCUGCAGAAGAAAGAAAGUCAUACACAUCUGGGAUGGCAUGAGGGUGAGUAAAUUGAGAGUAUUUUCAUUUUUGGGUGAACUAUCCCUUUAACGCUUUGAUUGUUUUAACAGAAUAUUUAAUUUUUUCCAUUCCUCAGGAUGGACUUGAAUUCCAUGGUAUUUAACUAAGCAGCCAUUUUUAGCUGUAGAGAGAAAGAGAAAACGACAGUUUCCCGGAAAGUGUUUAAGAUUUAUUUCAAACUAAAUGACACUGUUUUUAGUCACAUCCUGGCUUUAUAUUUUUUUGGAAAAACUGUCUUGAAAAUGUUCAGGGCUCAUUGGGUUUGACCGUACCUUAGAUGUCCAGCAUUACACUUCUUCAUUGGACAGACAUCGUGUCUUCAUUAAACAGUAAUGGCAGAUAUUUUCUUUGUAUUUGUCCCAAAUGUAGAGUCUUGACCAAAUGUUCUGUUCAUUAUGAACCUCAUAUUAAAAUCAGCCUGGUUUUGUAAAAAAAAAAAAAAAAAAAAAAGUGUUGUGUUGAGUGUUAACCUGUAUUAAAUGUGCAUCUUUUUAAUUUGCUUUGUCCAGGUUUCAUCACAUUAAUAUGAAUGUAAUGCAGCAGAAGUCUUCUUCAGGUCUGUUGCCUAUUAAAUUAUGUUAUGCCA